UCGUCCUCUCUCUCUCUCUCUCUCAUAAUCCCCCCUUCCUCCCUCUCUUCCCUCUCUCGUAACUCCCUCUUUUAUGUAUUUGACCUCCUUCUCACCACUCCUUCGCAGUGCUCGUCGCUCUUCCCUCUCCCGUCUGUUUGUUGGUUGAUCUUCUUCUCUUUCGCUUCUUUCAUUCGCAUUCACUCGCUAUACUCCUUACGGCUACCGUUUCCCCCCUGGCUAGUAAUAUCUUAUUCGUGUCUCUCUCUCAAUAUCGUACCCUAUUAGGACAUUAGUACCAACCGCCAGUAUCGAAUUAACGACGUUCGUGUCGGAGCUAUAUAUCCCACUCGUGCGGAUAUCCUUUAAGACGGCGGGCAACAUAAGAAACCCUUCACUAGGAAGAAACAGACGUCGACCUCACUGCUGGUAGUAUCAGAGCUGAUAUCCGACACUGUGUGUCUAAUCCCACAACAUGCUGGUCCGGUCAGCCCUCGCCGCAUUAGGCGGCGCGACCCUUGCCGCCGCCGUCACCCCUCUCGAAGUUCGGGGCAACCAGUUCGUCAACCCGAAUACCGGAAAUGCCUUCCAGAUCGUCGGCAUGGCCUAUCAGAUCGGUGGAAGUUCCGGUUACGAUCCCGCCUCCGGCAAGGACCCUCUCUCCAAUGGCGACGUUUGCAAGCGUGAUGCCGCCCUGAUGCAGCAGUUGGGUGUGAACGCCAUCCGGGUAUAUAACUUGGAUCCGAACCUGAACCACGACGAGUGCGCCAGUAUCUUCAACGCCGCUGGCAUGUACAUGUUGCUCGAUGUCAACUCGCCUCUCGUGGGCGAGUCUCUAAACAGCAGGGCGCCGUGGGAGUCGUACUACGCGGCGUACCUAAACCGUACCUUCGCUAUUGUCGAGGCCUUCAAGUCGUACCCCAACACGCUGGCUUUCUUCUCCGGAAACGAGGUCAUUGACAACGUCAGGACCGGCGCCACUGUCCCUCCCUACGUCCGCGCCGUAACUCGUGACCUCAAAAACUACAUCAAGAACCACUCCGACCGCCCCAUCCCCGUCGGCUACUCGGCCGCUGAUGUCCGCGUGGUUCUCGAGGAUUCCUGGAACUACUUCCAGUGCGCGAUUGACGGCGACGAGAACGACAUGUCCCGAGCAGACUUGUUCGCUUUGAACAGCUACUCGUGGUGCGGCGAGAGCACGUUUGAGCAGUCCGGAUACGACCAGCUGGUUGCUCUGUUUGAGAGCAGCUCUGUCCCCAUUUUCUACUCGGAAUUUGGCUGCAAUACCCCCUCCCCUCGUGUCUUCACGGAGAUCCCCACCAUCUACAGCGACCAGAUGACGGGUGUUUUCGCCGGCGGUGUCGUCUACGAGUACUCUCAGGAGCUGAACAAUUACGGCCUGGCCCAGUGCAACGCCGAUCUCACCGUCGACCUCCUCGUGGACUUCCGUACUCUUCAGAGCCAGUACCAGAAAGUCGACUUCAACCAAAUCCAAAGCAUCAAGGCAUCGAGCACGUCGCCGACCCCGCCCGUGUGCAGGUCUAGCUUGAUCAAGGAGGACGGAUUCAACAACAACUUCACCCUCCCAGUCGUCCCUCCGGGCGCUCAGGAAAUCAUCGACAACGGUGUCACGCCGAGGCCUAGCGGCAGGAUUAUCGAGAUUAGCGACUGGUCCGUCAGGCACGACGUCAAGGAAGCUGAUGGCACGCUCAUUCAGAACCUCGCCGUAACGCCCCUUGCUAACGACGCGGUUAACACGCCCGAUGCUAGCACUAACGCGGGCUCCGGCUCUAACUCGCCUGCGAGUGCCGCACCUCAGAACCAAAUCUCUGCUGCGAUCAUGGUCAUCCCGUCGAUAAUCGCCGUUGUCGCGUCGGCGGGCUUCACACUGCUUUAGGCAAUUAUUGAAAUAGCCGCUGAAUGAUGAUAUCCGAUCCGCCCAAGUUAGCGGGGCACGAGUGUGUUUUUAGUGCGUUUUAUUCCCUCUGGGUGUUAUUGCUGUGGUGCGGCAGCAGGGGUUAAGGCUUCUUUGUAUUUUAUAUUCCCUGUGCAAUCCAUCACAGUACAUAGAAGCAGUUUGAUUUUUUUUUUUUUCUCCCGACGCUCCCAACGUUUUAGUUGUCGUAACUCGCCUAUUGUGAAUAUCCUCUAGCUCAACCCCCGUAAACUAGCCCGAAACUACCUAAUACGGACCCAAUCCAAGGACCAUUAGGAAUGCGCAUGUACCCGUAUCGAGUUGCUGGACUCUUAGGGCAAGGUGUAAUAGACUUGGAUGAAGUACAC